ACUACGAUGGAAAGUAAAUUGGAAAGCAAACUUAAUGAAAAAUAUGUCCGUGGUGUAUCUUUUGAUGCCAUGAACAAUGCCGAUCUUCGUCACUAUUCAUUUACCUUACGAGGAAAGACACCUGGUUACAAAAGAACAAGAAGAUCUCGCACUUUUAUGAUGGCAACAGAUUUAGCAAACUAUAGUGAAUAUGCUUUAAACUGGGCAAGUGAUGAAGUCAUGGACGAUGGUGAUGAAUUAAUUGUACUUCGAGUGGUUACAGUAGAUAUGAGUGAUAAACGAUCCAUUAUUCAAGCUCAAUUAGAAUAUGAAUCAAAGCAAGCUAGGGAAAAAGCGAACAAGGUGAUGGAACGAAUUAUGGAAAGUAGUGGACCUGAUUCAAAGAUUAGUGUCAUUAUUGAAUUCGUGAUUGGCAAAGUACAAGAAACCAUUCAAGAUAUGAUAUCCAUGUAUCAACCAUCCUUACUUAUUGUUGGUACUCGUGGACUUUCAGAAUUUCAAGGUAUGCUUUUAGGUAGUGUAUCAAAAUAUUGUCUUCAACAUUCUCCUAUUCCAGUAACUGUGGUACGACCUGUGGAAGAUAAGUCAAUAAAGAAACACAAGGCCAAGAAGAAUAGACUUAGUGCAAUGAUACGAUUAGGUGGUAGUCGUCCUGGAAGUGAAUCAGAUAGUGAUGAUGAAAAACAACAACAACAUGAAGAAAAACAACAUCCUGAACGACCUACUCUUGACAAAAGAUUUGGAAGACUUUCUUUUAUUGGAAGAUCUAGGUCUCCUUCUCCAUCACCUUCAAACAGUAAAUCCCGAUCGAAAUAGAUUAGAUUGUACAUUUUUUUAUAUAUUACUUUUUAUUUAUAUACAAACCUAUCUCUUAUUAUUUGAAUUUCUUUUUCUCUCUCUCUCUAUAUAUAUCUCUAAAAACUUUGUAUUUUAUUUUUCCUUAUCUUUUGUUGAAUACUAUCCUUUUGAAUACUAUCCUUUUGAAUAAAAUCAAUAUAUGAACUUAAAAAA